GAGGCGGCUGGCUCCCGGGCCGGUCCAGCAGCAGACGGGGCGCCCGCAGGCGGGGCUGCAUGGGGCUCCCGCGCGGCCCGCUCUUCUGGCGGCUGCUCCUGCUCGGGGCCGUCUGCUCGGGGAUCCUCCUCACCCUCUUCUCCGCGGCGGGGAGGCCGCACCGGGGGCUCCGGCCCGGGGCCAGGAACACCACAGCAUCUCAAGCGUCCGCUGGACCCAAGGCAGCGCAGUCUGGGACAAGGAAGAGCAGGCCCUGCAGACACUCGCUCGCUCGGGCCAUUCAGCAGCACCCCCACUUCCGAGCUCUGUUCAACUUCUCCCAGCCAGUGCUGCUGGCCGGGGGCCUCUUCUCCCAGGAGCUCUGGGACAGCCUGAGCCAGCGCAGAGCCCCCUACGGCUGGCAGGGGCUCCCCCGCCAAGACAUCGCCUCCACCCUGAGCCUUCUGAACAGCUCCGAGAGCGCCCAGCUGCUAGGCUCCAGGGAGCCGCGCGGGGCCUGCAUCCGGUGCGCCGUGGUGGGUAACGGGGGCAUCCUGAACGGCUCCCGCCAGGGUCUCAACAUCGAUGCCCACGACUACGUGUUCAGACUCAAUGGUGCUGUGAUCAAAGGCUUCGAGAAGGAUGUGGGCACCAAGACCUCCUUCUACGGUUUCACUGUGAACACGAUGAAGAACUCGCUCAUCGCCUACAGCACCGAGGGCUUCACCUCCGUGCCACGCGGACAGGACCUGCGCUACAUCUUCAUCCCCUCAGACCUCCGUGACUAUGUGAUGCUGCGAUCGGCCAUUCUGGGUGUGCCCGUCCCCAGUGGCACCGAUAAAGGUGACAGGCCGCAGACCUACUUCGGACCAGAAGCCCCUGCCAGCAAAUUCAAGCUGCUCCAUCCAGCCUUCAUCAGCUACCUGACAGAGAGGUUUUUGAAAUCAAAGCGGAUUAUCUCAAAAUUUAAAGACUUAUAUAUGCCUAGUACUGGGGCCCUCAUGCUGCUGACAGCGUUACACACCUGUGACCAGGUUAGUGCCUAUGGAUUCAUCACAAGUAACUACUGGAAAUUUUCCGACCACUACUUCGACCGAGUUAAGCGGCCACUGAUAUUCUACGCAAACCACGAUCUGUCCCUGGAGGCAGCGCUGUGGUGGGACCUGCACAAGGCCGGCGUCCUGCAGCUGUACCAGCACCGAGCUUGAUCCUUGCUGAGCUGGGGACCCGGACCCCUUCAAAGGGGCCGAAGCCAACUCACCGAGACCCACUCCUUCCCUCAGGUGACACUGAGGUGGAUUUGUGACGAUCACUGAAGCCCGUUCAUUGAAACACCCUAUCUUGCCUGUGGCCCAUCCAAGAAAACCCCUGAGUCUGAGACAGACAACCCUCUGGGUCAAGGGAGAAUGGACUGCUCCCCUGGAUUUGUUUAAAACUGAAGAUAACACUCCCAAGAUGUGACUGUCACCCUCACCAAGGGGCAGGCAUACUGCAAGGCCAACAGGUGCUGAGCAGCACUGGACGUCAGUGGAGGACUCAGCCACACUCCAUCACCGGCGCCUGCACACUCCCAGCCAGUCCUCCACGAACAUGCAACCUCCAAGGCAAUUCAACUCAAGGACACGCCUUCACCUUUCUGAGACCAUGACCCACAUACAUGAGUGCCACGAGAAAGAGGGAGCGCAGAGGGCGGAAUGUAACCUGAAACCAGAUCAUUGCAUAAACGAUGGAUGGCCAUC